GUUAGAUGCAACAAGUGUAUAUUUUUAGAUUUUUUCUCGGUAAAGUGAUUUUGUGAUCGGUGUACAAAUCGGAAUAUUGUCGAUCGUGUAAAAAAAUAAAAAGAUAAAUAAGUUCUCUGUUAAAGUUCUCUUGACUGAAUACAAGGUUGUACACUAACGACUACCAUAAUGAGUUUCUAUUAUCCUCCUUCGCCCACUGUUUUCCCAGCAGAGGAUUUCGAUCCAAGGGCUGAUGCUGAAGUAUUAAGAAAAGCCAUGAAAGGAUUUGGUACUGAUGAAAAGGCUAUCAUAGGAGUUCUAACUAAUAGAUCAAAUGAACAACGACAACAAAUUGAGCUGGAAUUCAAAACAUUAUAUGGAAAAGAUCUGAUAAACAAUUUGAAAAGUGAGUUGACUGGUAAUUUUGAAAAAUUAGUUGUAGCUCUGAUGACACCGUUACCAGUUUAUAUUGCUAAGCAAUUAGAGAAAGCCAUGAAAGGCCUAGGAACUGAUGAGGAAACUUUAAUCGAAGUAUUCUGUACAAUGACAAACUUAGAACUUCAAACAGUUAGAAAUGCUUAUGAAUCAACGUAUGGGAAAUCUUUGGAAGAUGAAUUGAUUGGAGAGACAUCAGGAAAUUUUAGAAGACUUAUGGUAUCAUUAUGUAAUGCAAAUCGAGAUGAGAGUAUUGAAGUUGAUGAAGACGCUGCAAUGGUUGAUGCACAACAGCUGUUGCAAGCAGGAGAACUAAAAUAUUUUGGUACUGACGAAUCAACUUUCAAUAUGAUCUUGUGCCAGAGAAGUUAUCCACAACUUCGUGCUGUUUUUGAUUGUUAUGAAAAGAUUGUUGGACAUAGCAUUGAACAUGCUAUUAAAUCAGAAUUCUCUGGAGAUAUUAAAGAUGGUUUAUUGGCUAUAGUGGAAUCAGUAAAUAACAAAGCAAAAUUUUUUGCUAAACGUCUGUACAAAAGUAUGAAAGGUCUUGGAACUAAUGACAGUCAGUUGAUUCGAAUUGUGGUUACUAGGUGUGAAGUCGAUAUGGGAGACAUCAAACAAGCUUUUGUUUCUGAAUAUGGAGAUACUCUUGAAGACUUCAUCAAAGAUGAUUGCUCAGGUGAUUACAAAAGAUGUCUCAUUGCUUUAAUCAGGUAAAAAUCAAAUGCAAUACGUUUGUGUCUAAGGUAUUCAUUACAUUUUAUGUGCAGUAUGUAAUUUUAUACAUUAUUUUAUUAAAAACAUAUCUCUCGAAUUUUUUAUGUAUAUCAAGAUAUAUUAAUAUAUAAGGUAGUAUAGUAAAA